GGAACUCGCGUCCGGUGACGUCACUUCCUCCGCUCAGCAAACAUGGCUGCUCUCAGUGCAUCAGACCUGCAACAGCAGCCAAGGCUGGUGGAGACAGAAGACCAACCCAUGGAAGAGUUUCACUUCAGUGCAGGGUCGCGGAGAGAGCCUGUCGUUACUCUGCUCUCUCCGGUGUGCGGGCUCAUGCCGCUAUGCUGGUCGGAGGACCAUCGGCUAGCUGUUAGCACCCUCGCCUCCCUCUCAGUGCUUGAGCUGCUCUGUGACGUCAACAGCAACAAACAGGAGCUGAUCAUCCACCGGACUUCAAUUCGCGUGCCAGAAAAUGUUCAACAGUUAAGGGUUGAACCAGUCAAGGAGCUCUCGAAGGCCGUGCAGAAGUUUUCCUGCCAUGCUGACCCCACUGUGAGACAAGUUUUUUUGGCAGACACAGUGCUAAAUCCACAUGUGGGGAUACAAAAGGGGAUCAAAUACACCAGUUGGUCUCCAUUUGGCUGUGAUGCCAACGGACGCUGCCUCCUGGCGUGCCUCACCUUUGACCACAGACUGACCAUCCACAACAGCCAAAAGCGUCAUGAAUGGAACUUGCUCAUCAAUCUCACUGACAAAUACUCUCAGAGGCUGGAGGAUCAAGGAUAUGCCAAGAAGGACAAUACUCCCCCAACGGUUGGCCUCAACGACUUGGACGAAUUGCGACGGCGGUAUGCGAUGCAGACGCCUCUGAAAAUGGAGUGGUCAAGAGUUUACACUGUUAAACAGUUUCAGCCGAACAACACCUGCAUCAACGUAGAGAUGGUGCUGCUCGCCGUAUUGAUGGAGAACGGCAACGUUGUUCUGUGGAAGUUUAUGUUGCCUUUUGUGAACGGUGAUGACGUUGUGUUCUAUGAUGUUGUUGAAUCUGGGGUGUCUCGACCCAGUGAUUUGGCCUGGUGGGAGUAUGAGAGUCCAGAGCGACGGAUGAGUGGCCUGAUCAUCGGAAGCAUGGCGGGUCCAAUAAAGAUCGAACCAGUCAGUCUUUCCGGCGUUAAGGGAUACUUCACUGUCAAACAUCCUGUCGUCCUGUGGAAGGAGAGCGAUGAGCUCGCAGUGGAAAACAUCAAAUGUAUUCCAGUGGUCCACCCGGUCCACAAAACAUCUUGCAGCCUCAUCGUCGCGACCCGCAGCUGCUAUGUCUUCUGGUGUUUAUUGGUGAUAUCGCCCGCUGGACUCAAUGUUCUCAACUCUCACGUGGCUGGGCUCCACUCCCUCCCCAUCCUCUCAUUAGCGGUCAGCAUGCAGGACUAUACAGUGUAUACAUGCUCCAUGGAUGGGUGGAUUAAGAAGUUGACUCCCACUUUUACAGAAACUACGAUACAGUUUGACCAAGAAGACUUCACGCAACCCGAAAGUCUGGCAGACAGGCGGAUACAUGGGAUUGCAGUGAGUCACAAUGGGGCAUAUAUUGCAGUCAUCAGUGCACAAGGUAUGGUCAACAAUAUUCAUCCAGUAAUUCGAACAUACCAGGUGGACUUCAUCACUUUAAGAACGCCCGACAUGGCAGUGUCAGCAAUCCUGAAUUCCCCAUCACAGAGCUUGUUCAAGGUGGCAGACUUGCUAGAUCUCUUGCGGUGGAAGAUUUUGAAAACCAAAGCUAUUCCAGCAUCACUGCACGAGGAGCUGGAGAAGAGGAUCCAGGAUGAGGACUCACUCUACCUGUGGCGUUUUAAACUGUUCCUCCAGCGAACGCUCCACCAGUCGCUUCAGAGCCCGUUCAUUGAGAGCACGUUUGCAGGGAAAGACUGCAAGAUGUUCGCCCAGGACGACGAAGAGGAGGAGGGUGAAGGUGCUGCACAGGAAGAAGUGGAGCCUGCAGGAUGUGAUGGAAAGGUGGACUGUAUUUCUGAAGAGCAGGGUCUGGUUAGCGAAGUGGAGAGCCACCUCCUGAGAGAGAAUAUGAAGAAGGUGCUCGGGAUGGUUUACCUCAACACAUCUGCUCCUGGGAACACAAGCAUCCCAACCUGUGGCCUUGUUGACUACCUCUCAAGAGACGCCAGCGACAAAACGGCAGAGGUGCUGAUAGGUCACAUCAAGAAGAAGCUGAACAGGCAGACGUUCCCAGAGCGGUGCUGCCUGUGUGAGGAAGAGUUGCCCUUCACUGACCACAAACAAGGAAUCUGCUCAAAUGGCCACAUGUGGCUCAGGUGUGUGUUGUCAUACCAGGCAUGCCAGACGCUGACGUUCAGACGCUGCCUCCUGCAGGAUAGUGUCGCCCGGCUGCCAGAGCCCGAGGGUAAGCGCCACUCUCCAUCUCCCUCCACCACCGCUUCACAGCCGCCUGCUGCUGUCAGCGCCGUCCUCCUCCUGCUCCGUCACUCAGCGCUCCUGUCUGUCAAGAACACAAACAAUUAACCAUCUUAAAAGUGUCAGGUUUCACUUCAGGAUAAAGUGAAAUGAUGAGUUACUCACUUAACAGCUUUUGAAAUAAAGUUGUAUUUAAAUAGAAAAAGAGAAGUAACUGUGUCCAAAAACAUUUGUUUCAUCUAUUAUUAGUUCUUGUCUGUCUUCAUUAAAAGUUGGAGGCAAAAUCACAAGUCAGACAAAAGGACUAAUAUUAAAACAGAGAGGAUCUGACUGAGCUGGGUGUUGGUAAGAAUCCCUCACAGGCUUUGACAAAACCGGUGUUAGUCAUAACUUCGGUAAAGUUACUCCUUAUUAAUGAGUGAUAACUUCUUGUCAUCAACCUCGUAAAUGUCUAACUAGUUUUUUAAAAAAGUGUUCAACAUGGAUCGACGUUUACUCCAGCUGUGCCGCAGACAUGGCUGACCAUGUUUGGAGAAGAAAGUAGUCAAUGAAAAUGUUUGUGUUUCACUUCUGUAAUUUCAAUGUAGUAGCCAUCACAUCCACAAAUCAGUUCUCUACAUCCUUGACACAGCUGUGACAAACAAUGUGCACCAGAGAAAGAGCACUUAUUUAGGAAGACAUUUUGGAUAAUUCAUUGUUAGAGCAAGUCAACCAGCUAUAGAAAAUUAAAUGCUUCAUUAAAUCAUGGUUGUUUACUUUAAAAGGUGUGUCCUUUAGGUUUAGCAAUAGCAUCAAUAUCUUAUCUAAUGAGCUGAAUGUGUAACUACGAUCAGUUAUGUAACGGAGCAGCUCUCUCAACCUUCCAUUUUCAAGUAGGUGACAACCCACCUCCACCGGAGCAGCUCCUGUGUUACAUUUGUCAUUGUGACUCACUGUCUUUAUGUCAUGAAAAUACAACAACAAUGCAAGUGAUACAACAUCAUUUCUAAUGUGAGUUUCCAUAAGGGUGAAAAUAGUGAAGACUAGAGCCAUCUUGAGUUUGGACAUGUGAGCUUGUGUGUUAAUUCUUUUCUUUUGC